CCUGCGUCUCCCUCUUCCUCGCGACGCUUUCAAAUGCGCCACCGCCUCGCCUCUCUCGCCUUCCUCGCCACGCCACGCCACGCCACGCCACGCCGCGCCACGCCACGCCACGCCGAGAAGCCGAGGAGUAGCAGGCCACUCGCCGCCGCGCGCGCAUCUCCGGCGUACGUACGUCGUCCCAUCCGCGGCGGCGCGCGCGGGAUGGAGGUUUUCCAGGGCGUGCAGUUCGCGCGGCUGCGGAACUGGUGGGAGGAGACGUACGUCACGGCCGACGAGGACGGGAGGUCGGUCUACCACUACGCCCCAGACCGCCACCGCCCGGCGCACGAGGCAAUCUGGGCGGUGCAGAUGGUCCUCGCCGGGGCGCCCCCGACGCAGUACGUGCUCCUCCGCGGCGCCUACGGCCGCUACCUUGGUGCCCCGGACGCCGUCGUGCGCCGCUGGCCGCUCUCCUGCUGCUGGCCCGCCCCCGUCGUCGGCCAGCGCGACUUCGACCAGCCGGAGGUCGACGCCAUCAUGUGGCGUGCCGUCAGGCGGGCCGACCACGUCCUCUGCCUGCACGACAAGUCCGGCCGCUACCUGCGCGGCAAACUGGGUACCCUGGUUCUCGGUGACCGCCCCAGACUCACCGUCGGCGAUGGCCGCCUCAACGACGACGAGAAGGCGUUGCGGUGGGAGGUGCUUCCCGUCCUCCCGAAUCCAGGCAGGCCGGAGCUCCCGAUCUCCAUUGUGCCUGAGGCCGACUUGGUCGGGCGCCUCGUCAAGGCGUGCUUCCUCCCGCUGCAGCGGGAGAUCCAGUUCGUGGAGGCCGACGACGACGGCAACAUCGGCGAGGGACAAGAAGUCUGGGAUUCGUUUCAGUACGAGGGGAGGUCGGUGCAGCUCCUGAGAAACGAGCUCGAGGACCGUGUGGGCUACGCCAUCACGGUGUGCGUCCGCGCCGGCCGCCAUGGGCAGCACAGCCCUCUGCUCAUCAACCUGCCUCACAGCCGGGAGACCCUGCACAUCGUCGUUCUCAGGCGCAACAGCGAAGCGGAUAAUCAGUUGACAUUCCCAGAUCCCAAAGCAUCAUCACGUCGGAGAUAUAGGCAUCGGAGGAGGGCCAUAAUUCAGUGAAUCCUUUCGUGCUGAAUUUCUGACAGGCUCAGGGAAAUCGAGGGAAGAUCAGUGUGUUGGUUUUAGAGGCAUAGAGUAGAAUUUUCAGUCGAUGCCGGAAAUGCAGUUUUAUGUUGCUCUCAGCUGUAGAAUGACAGAAAAAAACUGAAAUUGUCAGGGUGUGCAAUGGGUGUUUUUACACAGUUUACAUGCUUCGAAAACCCGGUAUAAGUGAAACAGGGUUUUCUGACGAAAAUAUUGGUUUUGGUGACAAUUUAGUCAUGAUGCCUAGUAUGGAUUU